AUGCGCGGAAAGGUUUCGCUUGAGGAGGCUUUCGAGCUCCCCCGCCUCGCUGCCCAGACCAAGGAGAAGGCCGAGCUCUACAUUGCGCCCCAGAACCGCGAGCGCUACUUCGAGGAGAUCACGAACCCCUGCGGUAACCGUCUCGAGCUCUCGAACAAGCACGGCAUCGGCUACACGAUCUACUCUGUCUACUCGCCCGGUCCCCAGGGCUACUUUGACCGCGCCGAGUGUGAGGCGUACGCGACUGAGGUCAACGACUACAUCGCCAACGAGAUCAAGGACCACAGGGACCGCAUGGGUGCCUUUGCCGCGCUCUCGAUGCACGACCCCAAGCAGGCGUCGGAGGAGCUCCGCCGCUGCGUUGAGAAGUACGGCUUCCUCGGUGCGCUCGUCAACGACGUUCAGCACGCCGGCAAGGACGGCGAGACGUACAUCUUCUACGACCAGCCCGAGUGGGACGUCUUCUGGCAGACCUGCGUCGACCUCGACGUCCCCUUCUACCUGCACCCCGAGCCGCCCUUCGGCUCCUACUACCGCGAGCAGUACGCCGACCGCAAGUACCUGAUCGGUCCUCCCGUCUCGUUCGCGAACGGCGUUUCGCUCCACCUCCUCGGCAUGAUCACGAACGGUGUCUUUGACCGCUUCCCCAAGCUCAAGGUCAUUCUCGGCCACCUGGGCGAGCACAUCCCGGGCGACUUCUGGCGCAUCGACCACUGGUUCGAGCACUGCUCGCGCCCGCUCGCCGAGUCCCGUGGCGAUGUCUUCGCCAAGAAGCGUCUCCUCGAGUACUUCAAGACCAACAUCUGGCUCACGACCUCGGGCAACUUCUCGACCCCGACGCUCAAGUUCUGCGUCGACCACGUCGGCGCCGACCGCGUCCUCUUCUCCGUCGACUCGCCCUACGAGCACAUCGACGUCGGAUGCGGAUGGUACGACGACAACAGGAAGGAGAUCACCGAGGCCGUCGGCGGCGACAAGGCGUACAAGGACAUUGGACGAGACAACGCCAAGCGUCUCUUCAAGCUCGGCGACUUCUACGACUCGAACGCCGACUAG